AUGUGGAAGUCUUUGGAAAUUUUGGGAAUAGAAUACGGUGUCCAUGAAGAGGGACAGAGACCGAAAAACCUAGUUGAAUUUAUAAAUGCUUGUAGCAUGCUCCAAAGAUUAUACCUGGACAAUAACAAAGAUGGUUUUCGCCCGGAGUUCGGUGUGGGUAACUUUGAAAAGAUGUACCAAAACUUACAAAGCCUAUUGUCUAUCAAGGCUACAUUAUAUCUCACUCCUGAUUUUUCAGCUACACUGGAUGAAAUACCAAAUACGAAGCCGGCUUUUGCACUAAAUGCCACGAACAUAGAUAGCGACCCGAUAAACUCAGAUCAAAGGCAAACAGUCAUAUCUCUUUUUCGAUUCAAUCCAAACGCAUUUCGACAUCUAAAAUCAUUCAGCCUUGCAACCGACAAACAUUUUGAAAUUUUUGACUUUGUUUUAUGGAAAUUGCUUUGUCCAUUAGGAGUCUCUCUUAAACGUUUGAAAUUGAAUGCAAACCAAGAUAACGGGAUUUACAUCAGUGGCGACAAUGUGGAUCUUCUAAUAGAUGAUAUAUUGGACAGUUGUCCGGCCCUCAAACGACUGGGAUUUCGUGGUAGAGCAUUUCUCAUUAAACCAAACCCAACAACCGAGGAUCUAAAACUACAGCAAUAUGGACUACAGACCUUAAGUCUAUACCGGUGUACUGAAUUUGCUAAAGUAUUGAAUUAUAUCUCUUUAAGGUGCAAAAGAUUGAGAGAUAUGACUUUGAAUAAUUUGUGGGUCCUAGGAUUUAGAUGUAAAAAUCCUGGAGAUUUGCUAAUUGAUAUGUCAUAUACUCUCUUAAACACUCUGGAAAUUGGAAUUGUUGAAUACAGUACAUCAUCCAAACAAACAGGUAGAGAUGAUGCUGUCAGCCUGAUACUCCUGUCUCAGCCAAACGACCCUCGAUUGUCAGACGAAAAUAAAGAAAGAAAGAAAACUGAGAUUGAUCCAAAAUCCCCUCUAUUAGCGAGUCACCAUAUUUAUUGGCUAUAUACAUAUGAGUACGAGCAGAUUACUUGUAGAACUGGCAAAAAAACUAUAGUACUUUCAGAGGAAAAAGUCGAUAUCAUACUUAAAUACUAUCAAAACGUUCGGUUGAAUACAACCAGUCCUAAUUUUAAAGAUGAUAGCUCGUAUGAUGGAUACGAGUGA